AAAAACAAAAUUUUAUAAGCUUUGCUGCACGACCUUUUCAAAAUCGAAUGGAAAAAAUUAGGGUUUUGGUUUUGGGUGUGAUAAGAGCCAGCCCAAUUUUCAAAGUAGUUCAAAUACAAACGGGCCACAAAAGGAUCCGUCGGGUGUUAGCGCCACCCCGCCCUCUUCCCGCGCCGUCGUCAAGAUUCAAUCAUCCAUCCAUUCUCCGAUUUCCACCCAUAAACCAAUAAACGCAGCGUUUCAGAAUCCAAAUGGAAAAGCUGUCACCUUCUUCUUCGUCGGUCGACCACAAAGCUUGGACAGAGGCCCAAGAUUUGCUGAAGCAAAAAUUGAUUGCGGAAGAUGAUUUCUCAUGGAGAUUAGGUUCAAAGUCAAACUCAAAGUCAAUGGAGAGAGAGGAGGAGAAAGAGGAGGAGAGAGAGGAGGUGUUGAAGUAUGUGGGAGGGGUUGAUAUAAGCUAUUCAAAAGAAAAUCCAUCACUGGCGUGUGGAAUUCUUGUGGUUUUGGAGCUCAAAACUCUCCAAGUUGUGUAUCAAGACUUCUGUGUUGUCACUCCCAAUGUGCCUUAUGUUCCUGGCUUCCUUGCCUUCAGAGAGGCCCCAGUGUUGCUUGAGCUUGUGGAGAAAAUGAAAAACAACAAUAGUCCUUUCUACCCACAGCUUCUAAUGGUCGAUGGAAACGGAAUACUUCAUCCUCGAGGUUUUGGCUUGGCUUGUCAUCUUGGCAUUCUGGCAGAUCUACCUACUAUUGGGAUCGGAAAAAAUGUAAUACUGAUACUUCAUCAUGUGGAUGGUCUAACACUAUCCGGAGUGAAGCAGCUUCUUGAAGCCCAAGAAGACAGUGCUGAAGGUUUUAUUACUUUGAAAGGAUAUUCAGGCCGUAUAUGGGGAGCGGCAGCAAGAUCUGCAGGUGGCUCAUUGAAACCUAUAUUUAUUUCAACUGGUCACCGUAUAUCACUUGAUACUGCCACCAGAAUUGUGAAAAUGACUUGCAAAUUUCGUGUCCCUGAGCCUAUCCGGCAGGCUGAUAUAAGAUCUAGAGACUAUCUUCGGAAGCAUCAAACGAGAACGUCCAAAGAUUGAGCGAAAAUAUGGUAAGUGCCCUGGUUACAACUCCAGGCUUUCCAAGAGAUCCACUUCGCCAUCUACACGUGAAGAAAACGCUCUGAAGUCCAUGAUGUGCAAUCAAGUAUCCGAAUUCGACGAAGUCCAAUCAACGUUGGGACAAGGAGGGGUGACAGUUGAAAAGUUUUGUAGACAACUUGGACAGUACGGAGGUCCCGGACUGCACUGACGGCUUAACAUACUUCAACACCUCCUCUAUCGUCCUUUCUGUGCUUGCGCUUUUGGCUGCAGCUAUUCUCCAUACGACAUCAUCGUCAACAUUUUGGUCAUCUUGUAUAAUUAACAUCUCUCAUCAACUACCUUAUUUUUACUUUAAUUUAAGUUUACCUUAUAUCUUCUAGCAUGGCUUUAAAUAAGAAACUACACUUUGAUCA